AUGAAGAAUGGAAAAUCUGGUGAAGACGACGGGAUUAGCGCAGAAAUGCUAAAAUAUCUUCCUCAGUCUGGGAUUCGUGAGAUGACAAAGAUCAUCCGUUCAAUAUGGAUAGACGAAAGGAUACCUGAUUCGUGGAGACAUGCUAUCAUAAUUCCCCUCCACAAGAAGUUAUCCGUCACGGACCCCAGGAAUUAUCGAGGAAUCUCUUUGCUGCGUGUUAUGUACAAAGUAUUGGAGCACAUUAUCCUGGACCGACUCAUUAAACAUCGCGAAGGAACAACGCGCGACGAGCAGGCAUGGCUUUCAUCCCGGCCGAUCUACGAUUGA